UCAGGAACCAUGGCCAUCGCACCCGAAGAUUCAAAUAUCGGAUCCGACGUUCAGGUCGGUGUCACAAACGGUCUUAUCAUUUGCGCCUUCCUGUCGGUAGCGUGGUACAAUGUCGCAGAGCUUACCGUCUUAAUUCAAUCCUUUUUCAAACGCUAUGCGGGUUUCUACUACUACUCGCUUUUGGUCGCGACAUGGGGGAUCUUCUUCCACGGCUUGGGCAUGUUCCUCAAGUUUUACCACAUCAACGAAGACGUCAAGGGUGAGGACAUCAUCAACACUGUCAUUGUAUGGACAGGAUGGUGCAUGAUGGUGACGGGACAGUCCAUCGUCCUCUACUCAAGGCUGCACCUCGUGGCGCAGGCUAAGUGGACGAAGUAUGUGCUCUGGGUAAUCAUCUUCGACGCCAUCGUGCUGCAUUCGACUACCGGUGUCGCUACGUUCUUGACCAAUACGACAUCAACACCCGAGCGCUGGAUUCCGCUCUACUCCGUCAUAGAGAAAAUCCAGGUUACGUGGUUCUUCCUACAGGAGGUGAUGCUGAGCGGCAUCUACAUCUGGAAGACGACUGCCUUGUUAAGGAUCGAAGGUCCACUAUUCGAAAGCCGGAGAGACGCGAGGAGGAAGGUUCUUGUGCAUACCAUCGUCAUGAGCGCCAUAAUCAUCGCGUUGGAUAUCGCAUUACUGGGUCUUGAAUUCGCAGGCCUCUACGACAUCCAAACUUCGUUCAAAGGCGCUGUAUACUCGAUCAAACUGAAGAUGGAAUUCACAAUCCUCAACCAACUCAUGAACCUCGUCCGAGGCACCCUCCGCAACACAAACACCUCAUCCACGGGCCCCAACUCCAAAGCCCACCGAAACACCACAAUCAUCACCGCAACACCCAGCGGCGGCGUGCACGGCGCAAAGUCUUCCAUCACAACUACCAGCCGUUUCAGCCGCCACGUACACGUCAUGCACGGCAACGAAGCAGCACAUCAUCGCAGCAUCGGUCCGUACUCCAAAAUGGACGACGACGUCGAGGAAAUCGGCGCCGAUGGCAUUCGCCUCGAGAACCUCAAAAACGGCGAUGUGCUCAAGACUACGACCAUGGAGGUCAAGGUGGAGAGGGUUGGCGAGGAAGACGAGAUACAGCAAGAGCCGUUCGAUCGAGUGGUCAACGAGCGCCGUGUUGGUGCUGGCGGAGGAGGGGACGGAAGAGCCACUGGGUUGAGCUCGAGGAGCGAGAGUGCGGCUUCUAGUGAGGUUUAUGUUAUUGAGAUGUGCGAUAAGGGCAGUGGUAAUGUUUAACGCUGCUUUUUAUUUUCUGUUUUUGAAUUAGAUGCCCUCCUUUGAGAGAGGACUAUGAUACCUAUCUAUCGAGCUCGCUGCUUGUUUCUUGAUUCUUCUUUGUACUUGAUUGUAUCAGAGAUUUCGCUGAUGGAAAUAAAUGCGUUUGUUCCAUGCCUGAUGUUAUUCAUCCAUACCAUCUUCUUUCCGUAGGAUACUCCACCCUUUGACUGCCUAUUGUGGGUACAUCAUCAUCCUCCCUCCUAUCCGCUACCGGUACCGGUCCCCAUCUGACCAAAUUUCUUGCAGUGUAGCGAUCCCGUUCUGGAGUCCCAGCGCUCAUAUCAGACUGAUGGCUGAGAAUCCAAAAGCUUAAGCCGUCUCAGGCUCGAAGUUGAUGUUGUCUUUCAUACUAACACCGUCAUAGAGCGUUUCUAACUGGGUAGUGUGAUGAUCACGUGACCGGCAUCGGCUUUCACACCUACUGCCGAUCCGUGCCGACGAAGGUGAACAUCCGC